AUGUUGAUCCCUUCCACAAUUCUCGGCUGUCAAAGGAUCGCGUCAAAAAGAAAGUCCGGAUUCACACGUGCGACUGGGCCGCACAACAUGCAUGGGGCACAGAAACCCCAACCUUAUCCAUGCAUGAUAUCCCGCGACCGCUAUGAAGAGAAGACGCCUCGCAGAAACCUGGAGAACAUAUAUCACGGAAUCGAAGCAAGCGCACAACAUUUGUUAUGA